CACGUGUGCGCUCGUCACUCGGCUCGGUUCGGCUCGACUCGGGAAAUUUCACCCAUGGAAAAGGGGUGACUUGUUUUUUUUUUGUUUGUUUUUUCACACAUUUAUAUCGAUUUUAUUUUAGACUCGAGGCGGAUUUAACACUCAUGUGACGCUUUAAAGCCGGAGUAUUAAUAGGCGACGGAUUUUAACCGAGUUUAGACUAAAACAUGGAAAUCUUCCGACAUUCCGAGUGUUUGCUGAAUUUUCUGCGACGGGAAAAUAGGCAAGAAAACAUCCCGGUUUCUAUAGACGGGUUUUAAACAGAGAUUUUUUUUAGCUUAAAGGUAAUAAUCGAGGACUUUUUUUUCCUCCCCGUUGCAUUGACUUUCUGAUCAGGAUUUUUUUAAAUUAUUAUUAUAGGCAAUAUUUAUUUUUUUACGUAUAUUUACGAUAUUUUCUACGUUUUUAAUUGCAUGCGUUUUUGUUUUGUUUUGUUUUUAUUUAUUUCUUCAUUUUCACUUGAAUAUGCCCUAAAAAAAAAAGCACUAAUUUUAACUGUAAAUCAAAACAAAAAAAAUCGUUUCAAACAUGAAAUCUGCUCUGGCUCCUGGAAUCAGAGUCAUCACCAAUUUCUCCAGAGACAGCUGGUACAGAGGCUUCAUCCUAUUCCUGACUUUCCUUUUCUACACAGCGUACCACCUCUCCCGCAAACCUAUUAGUAUCGUCAAGAGUCAGCUUCAUAGAAAUUGUUCUUAUAUCAUUCGACCUGCUGACCUCAAUGUCACAGACAAUUCCACUUGGUGUGACUGGGCUCCUUUUGACCAAGACAAUUACCAGAACCUGUUUGGAUGGCUGGACAACUGCUUUCUCGUGGCCUACGCCAUCGGAAUGUUCUUCAGCGGGAUUUUUGGCGAGCGUCUUCCCCUGCGUUACUACCUCACCACUGGGAUGCUACUCAGUGGCCUUUUCACAGCGCUCUUUGGCCUGGGCUUCUACUGGAACAUUCACGUCUUGUGGUACUACUGUAUAGUGCAGAUUGCGAACGGGCUGGUACAGACAACAGGCUGGCCGGCGGUGGUGGCUUGUGUUGGCAACUGGUUUGGAAAGGGGAAACGAGGACUCAUCAUGGGCGUGUGGAACUCGCACACCUCAGUGGGGAACAUCCUGGGCUCGCUAAUCGCCGGGGCGUUCGUCUCAACCGCCUGGGGCAUGUCCUUCAUCGUGCCUGGCAUCAUCAUCGCCACUACAGGGGUCAUCUGCUUCUUUUUCCUGGUCGAGCAUCCAGAGGAUGUGAACUGCAGCCCUCCGAAGCACCAUGAAAGCUCAGAGCAAGAGCCUUUACUAAGGAACUCGGUGAACAGCGAGGAGAUCUUCAACAAUCACACGACUGCAGUUGUAGAAGAUGGUGACGAGAAAGCAGAGGCUAUCAGUUUCUUACGAGCUCUCCAGAUACCGGGCGUGGUGGAGUUCUCACUCUGUUUGCUCUUCGCUAAGCUGGUUAGCUACACAUUUCUGUACUGGUUACCUCUAUACAUCGCUAAUGUUGCCGAUUUUGAUCCGAAAGCAGCGGGGGACAUGUCCACACUCUUCGACGUUGGAGGAAUUCUGGGCGGCAUCCUAGCCGGGCUUGUUUCAGACUACACUGGUGGGAGGGCGAGCACCUGCUGUGUCAUGCUAAUCGUUGCUGCUCCUAUGCUGUUCCUGUACAACCUCGUUGGGCAGAAUGGUGUGCCAACAACAAUAGGUAUGCUACUGCUUUGUGGUGCUCUUGUGAACGGACCCUACGCCCUCAUCACCACGGCCGUGUCGGCUGACCUGGGAACCCACGAGUGUCUGAGAGGAAAUUCCAGGGCUCUGUCCACUGUAACAGCUAUUAUUGACGGCACAGGGUCAGUAGGUGCUGCUGUUGGGCCUCUUUUGGCUGGAUUGAUCUCUCCCACUGGCUGGAAUAAUGUUUUCUACAUGCUCAUCACGGCUGAUAUACUAGCCUGUCUGCUGCUGUCCAGGUUGGUGUUUAAGGAGAUCCGAGGAUGGUGUGGCUACGCUACAAGACAGAGAGGGUUCAAAGAGAUCUGAGGUGCCUGCCUGACAAGUGAACAUCACACCUGCAGCAGGAAAACAGCGGCGGCGACAAAACAACAAAACCGAGACCCAAUUUCCUGAUCCGUCGCAUAAAGCUUUUUUUUUUUUUUGAAAACAGGACACUUUUAUCCUUUUACACUCAGAGAGGAAAGAAACAACGUCCAACGGUGUGAUGAAAUGAAAUGAUGGCUUCGCUUUUUGAUGUAUGGGGAGAAGGGAAAAAAAAAAGAUGAAAACAGCGAGAAAGCAAGAAAGAGAAUCAGAGCUCCUCGAUUUGACCCCAGGCCGAUUUUAACUAAACUGUGCCUGAGUUUUGUUUCAUUUUAAUCAUUAAAAUAUGUGAGCGGUGCGUAUUUACUUUUAUCCAAUGUCUCUAUGGUUACUGUAUACUCAGGACCAGACUCAACUAUCUCUCUCUCUAUCUCUCUCUCUCUUUCUCUCUCUUUCUCUUUUUCACACACACACACAUAUACACCGUUCCUUAUUAAUUCAGGUAAAGGUUCUUAAGCACACGGGUAUGCUUUCUAAAGUGGCUGCCUCCCACAUGCAGCAGCACGAUAUGACAUUUACAGCUUGACACACACACACACACUAUUCUCUCCAGGUUACUCAGACAUUCUCUCUCUCAGUCUGAGGCUACAGUGUUGUUUUGGUUCUUUAUCCGAUGGGACUAUGUUUGCUGCUGAGAUGAGCCAGAUUUUGCUGUGCAAAUUUGCGUAAAUGUAUUUGGCAAAGCUUUAUAACAUAACUAACUAAUUAUACAACUAAAUCCCAGACCCUUAUAUAAUUGAAUUUGCUUAAAGACCAUGUGUUCAUAUCUUUUUAGAUUGUUAUACAGCACUUUUAGACUUCACAGUGGAAGUUUUACCAAAACUAAACGUUCAUCUCAAAUGAACCGCAAAGUUGCUCAUGUGUCAAUGAUAAGCUUUGUUUAUUUAAAAGAUCAAAUGAUUAAUAUCAGUGUAUAUAAGGCUUGAUUAGAUAUUAAGUAGUAUACAUAUUGUGAAAACACUGCAGCCAGCUACAAUGGCAACAAAUUGAGAUUCUUUUCAAAGACCUUCAAAUAAAACACUUGGAAAUAAA